UGGCACAGCUGCGCAGGGAGUUAUUGCGAGGGACAGACUACAUAAAUUGUGUAUUGGAUGCAUAUAAUUUUAAUUUUAUUCAAGAAAUUGCAUAUACCGUUAGAAUGCCGGGGAUGAUGGAUAAAGGUUCGGAAUAUCUGGGGAAAGGUCGGUCUAACGGGACUAAAAGCCCUUCAAAUGCUUCGAAUGGCCAUUUUUCCGAGGAGAGUGGCAGUGACGACGAGCACGAUGUUGGCAUGCGUGUGGGGUCUGAUUAUCAAGCGAAUAUUCCUGAAUACGAUCCAGGGUCUUCAAAGUACAGUGACAAAGACAGCGGUGGCAUGUUGGUGUGGUCUCCAUACCAUACAAUUGUUGACGCGAAAUUGGAUGAAUACAUUGCCAUUGCAAAAGAAAAGCAUGGGUACAAUGUUGAGCAGGCGCUUGGCAUGCUCUUCUGGCACAAGCACAACAUUGAGAAGUCUCUGGCUGACCUGCCUAACUUUACUCCUUUCCCGGAUGAGUGGACAGUGGAGGACAAAGUGCUGUUUGAGCAGGCUUUCAGCUUCCAUGGGAAGAGUUUUCACAGGAUUCAGCAGAUGCUGCCUGACAAAUCCAUAUCAAGUCUUGUGAAGUAUUACUAUUCGUGGAAGAAGACCAGAUCCAGGACAAGCUUGAUGGACAGACAAGCAAGAAAGCUGGCGAACCGUAGUAAUCAAGAUGAAAGUGAUGAAGAAAUGGAGGAAGCCAACCCUAUUGAAGGGAAUGACAGUGAUUAUGACCCCACCAAAGAGACUAAAAAAGAGAGCCACACAGAGCCCCAGAUGAUCAGCUCUAAAAUAAGCAUGGGCCGACGGGACCACCAGACCUUGCAGCACCGCCAUCACUCACAACGCUCCAAGUGCCGCCCGCCCAAAGGCAUGUACCUCACACAGGAGGAUGUGGUGGCAGUUUCUUGCAGUUCCAGUGCAGCUAACACUGUCCUCCGCCAACUGGACAUGGAGCUUGUCUCCCUUAAACGACAGGUUCAAAAUGCCAAGCAGGUGAACAGUGGUCUUAAACAGAGAAUAGAAUCUGGCAUUGAUGAGUACCGGCUGCCUGAGAGCAAUCAAAAAGUCAAUGCCCGCUGGACUACAGAUGAGCAACUACUUGCUGUGCAAGGAGUCCGCAAGUAUGGCAAAGAUUUCCAGGCUAUUGCAGAUGUUAUUGGUAAUAAGACAGUGGGGCAAGUUAAAAACUUCUUUGUGAAUUAUCGGCGCCGCUUUAACCUAGAGGAGGUGCUCCAGGAGUGGGAGGCCGAGCAGGGAACUCAUGCCCCCAAUGGAGACAGUGCCACCUCUGGCGAAGAAGGGAAGAACAACUCUAACACCCCUUCUGGAAAGAGCACAGAUGAAGAGGAGGAAGAGGGUCUGGUGACUCCUGCCUCUGGGCCAUCCCCUGUAGCUGUAGCCACAUCAGGUAUGGCAACAGUGAGUGGCAGCACCUCCUUGAACCAGCCUCCCCCUCUGCUCCGGCCCUCCCUCCCUGCCACACCUGCCUUGCACCGGCAACCGCCACCUCUCCAGCAGCAAGCCCGUUUCCUGCAGCCUCGGCCUGCUCUCAACCAGCCGCCCCCACUUAUUCGACCUUCCAACCCCCUCCCUCCACGCCUCAAUCCCCGGCCAGCUGCCCCUGCAGCUGCCACAACCAGCCCUGCCAUGGGCCAGCAGCCACCCACACUGGUAGGCAUUCAGCCUGAAAACCCCUCAUCCUCUCUGCACUGAGCAUUAGAGUGAGAAAGAGGGAGGGGUUGGUCACAGUUUCUAUCAGUUAUAUUGUGGUAUUUUUCUAUCAAUGGUUGUCCUUGCAGGACAGUGUUUAUCUCAUAUUUCUGAAUAUUAGCCUAAGACUGAGUUUUUAACCUCUAAAAGGUUAGAUGAUAUUUCUGUUUAUUUGAAAAUACUUGUGUAGCUGACUAGUUGAUUUUAUUUUUUUCUCUUAAGACCUUGUACUGGUGAUGAAAGACCUUUGUUCAGCAAAAUUGUCUGACAGUCAGAGGUCCUGUAAAGUAAGUGGUUUUUAAAUGCAGAGUAAGGGUAUCCUUUUUAAAAUGAAAGGGAUUAACCGGUCCUUUUGUUUUAUUUCCCUUUUUUGUAGUAUGUAUUGAAACUUCAGUGCAUAAUUUUUGUGACUCUCUUGUCAUAUGUAUAUAAGCAUUAUUUAUUUUUAUACCUGGUGCUAAGGACUCCACAUAGCUUGAUACUUAUUGUCCAGAUUAUUUUUUACCAUGAAAGUGCUCUUAAGAUCUAAGAGAACGUUGUGUUCAUUUCAAACUGGAAACUCGGUAUUAAGAAUUCCCGCGUGAAGGUUUGCAUUUUAACUUUGUGCCGUUCUAACUCCAUAUUUAUAAGGUAUUCAGCUGCACAUUUGAUCACUGCUACUGUUCAUUAGGCAUACAUAAUUAAUGAUUUUCACACCCGAUUCCUGUAUUUACACUCUGUUUGCUAUUAACACUAAAAUAGCCUACAUUUUGUGUAUAUUUUAAACUCUCAUUUCUCUGUAAACAAUAUUAUUUAUUUGUGUAUGUUGGUUGUUUGUUUUCUUUUUAAAUCCUUGAGAAAUGUAAGAUAUAAUUGAACCAGACAUUAAGCUGUCAACUGUAUGUGCCUGCGUUUAAUGCCAUACUGUUUGGUGCCCUUAAAAAAACAAACAAAAAAAACAGAAACAUGUCACAGCAUGUAGCAUUAAAUUAUGUACCUUUUUAUACAGAGGUGGUAUUGUGUAUGUUUAUCUGCCUGUGUCAUGGAAAACAUGAUGUUCUUCAUUUUGUUGGGUGAAAAUUUCACUGUACUAAUCUGUCAGUGUUUAGAUGUGAUGGUAUAACUUUUUGUUCACUCUCUUGGCAAAGAUAUUGGGUUUGCGCUCCACUGAUGUUAGUGCAUGUCCUGAUGCCUGUAAGUUCACUCUUUAUGUUUGUUUCCCUCUGCUUAUAUUGUCCUUUCUCAUUUUUGCACUGUGGUCUGUCAUUUUCAAUCUUUUAGUCUUAAAGUUUUCCUGUAAGAUCUUGAUGUUUCCUUAAUAUAUCUCGUUAAUUGUA